GCUGCCAAAGUUGCGGCUAGUUGCGAAUACCGUGUUUUCCGAACCGCUUUCGAGUCUCUAAAUUCUGUUUUUUUUCCGUGACUCUUUAUCUCUGUGUGUAAAUUAAGCCAGCAGCGAGGAUACUCUACCAUGUCUUUCCUGGGCAACACAUCCGAUCUUGAGUGCGAAAAGAAUGAGUUCCCAAGGCCACGUGCCACGGGCAUCGUUACCAAGGUGGCCGCACACAAGCUCUCCUCGGAGCCCAAGUGGGCUGAUAAACGGGAAGAUGACUCGGACUCGGAGGUCUCGUCGCCGGAUAACUUUCUCACUAAAGGCGCCUUUCUAUUGACUCCCUCCUACGAGCUGUCCAUGGAGCGGGCUGCACUCAUCUGCGAGAAGAUGAGCUUCAAGGGAUGCUUCAGCUUGACCAAAACCGCUACAGGCAUUCUGUUUAAAUUCUCACAUCCAGAUGACUAUCAGGCGGUGUUCAAGAAGGGUUUCCACAAGGUCACCGGUGCACGUUUCUAUCGCAAGAUCGCCAUACCUUGUCGGCCGCGCAAGACCUUCACGCUUUACGUGCUGGAUGUGCCGGAGGAUCUGCCCGUGGAGGACAUCAGACAUGCCAUGUACAAGUUCGAUUCGGUGGUGGAGGUGGUGCGCCUGCAUAUCUAUUCGAGCCUAGCCAGCAACGCCGCCGCCUCCGCUGCCUCGGUCGGCGCCAGCUCCGCCGCCGGCGUCGACAAGGUCGAAGGUGAGCAGAUUCAGCUGCUCCAUACGCCGACGCAGACCCUGCGCAGAGCGGCGCUACGAAGCACCUCCAAGAGCGUGGGCUCCGUGGUGGGCGAUGCCAUCGAGAAAGUCGAGCGUCCGGAGCGUAGGGAACUGCCACCGGCCGUUAUUCGUAUUACAUUGGCCUCCAUGGAUGAGUACAAUGUGCUGCUCCAGAAUGGACUCAACUUCUAUGAUGCCACGUUCUUUCCCACUGAUGCCAACAUAUCGCUGAAGGGUGCCAAGAUUGAUUACAAGCGCAGAAUGCUCGAUGGCUCGAUACCCGGACGGGUGCGGGAGCUGCUGCCCGUGUUUGAUGCGGCUGGCUUCUGCAAGCUGCCGCCGCCCACCAGCAAGCUAAUUAAGCCGCCGAGGUCAUAGAUCCCGCUCCAGACUUGAUGCCAUGCCAUGCGACGAUGACGACGACAACGCGUUCCGGCCAGGUAGACAUACCCAGAUGCGAAGUCCGGGCCCUCACCCCGCCUCCUGACGACCAACCACCAACCAACCACUCCGCCCGCCCGCGAGUUCUACCCAUUCUAAUACACUCAACUUUACCGUAUACGUAAUGCUGUAUACGUACACGUAAUGCUGUUUUCCGUUCUGCGAUUCCAGCGAUCCGAUAAUAAUUCCCCUUUUGGCUACCAUCUUUCCUAUCUCUCUGUCUGUCUGUCUGUUUGUCUGCCUCCCCAGUGAACUCUUCAACCUUUUCGUUUAUUUUUUUUUAUCUAUCGCUAGUUUUAUUA